CACGAAUCCAGCUAGCGUACCAACCCUGCUGUGGCGAAUUAGACUCUGGUCGGGCCGGAAUUACGGUCCGUGCACACACGUGAUCAGACUAGUCCUCUUUCGGCAGGUCUCGAUUUCUCGACGCUUUCUUGCGCAUCGUCAUCAUGUUUGCAAUCUGCUUCCAAGCUUGCUACUUUUCACCUCACCACCACUGAUUCCCGUCUCGCCGCCAACGCGACGGGGAAAUUGCAUUUGUCUCUCUCAGCGGGAUCAGGUUACUCCUGGAAAUAGGUUUUAUACCCAACGCGGCUCAACGCUUUCGUCACCUCAUACUUCCCCCCUGCAGACGGCCCUUGGUGGCGUGGAUCCGAGAUCGUAACCAUAUCGACAUAUGGUGUAGCCUGACUUGGUGAAUAUGGCUCAUACGGAAGAUUGCUCCACCGUGCUGGAGCAGUUUAUUCAUGAUGUCGCGAACUUGCCGGCGGAGAUCACUCAUUUGAUGGAGGAGAUCCAAGCUAAGGAUAAAAUAAUGCAAGAAUGCCGUGCUACGAUAAAUUCACGCGACGCGAGCCUACAAAAAUUCAUCCGGCAGAAUGGUAGCCACGCGCCGAAUCCCAAGGAAGAGAGUUACAGCAGAGCGAUAUUACAGAAUUUGGACCGGAGUCAAGUCCUACAGGACGAGAAGAUCCUACUAAGCGAGAAGGCAUGCGUGUUACUCGAUCGCCAAAUCAAGAAAUUGGACGUUAAGAUUAGGGAACUGCAAAACGAUGGAGUCCUUUCGAAAGAUCCACCCAUCCCUUCCCUCUUCCGAAAUAAAGAACAAUACCGCGAGCCACAAAAGCCAAUAUUCCCGGAAUCUACAUCCGCAGAAACAUCAUACGCCUCCCCCUUAAACCCCACGUCCGGAAAUUCAACUCUACAAUAUAACCUAUCCCAAAGACUAAACACCGCCGCUGGUCGUCCAUCGCCAAGCGCCUCCGCUCUCGCAGCGUCUCAGACCGCCACGCGAAACUCCGCGCCGGCCACCCCUGCCUCUGCUGCUUUACAUCUGCAACACCGUCAUCGGGAGUCCUCCGCAGGCGCUACGGAGAACAAACGUAGACGUCUAAAUGCAUCGCUCGGGACACUCCCUGCAGCCUCCUCGAACCUACGGCAGUCAUCCCUUGGACCCGGCACGCCCAAACCCGGUACCCCCGGGGCCUCGCGCGCAGGCAGCGCAGGACCCCGUGCCACCACAGCCGUGAAAAAGCCACCAGCAAAGAAAGUCGCCCCGCACCAACAACAGGCGCGACGAAAAACCGCCGCGGUUGGAAAAUCCACAAAGCGCUCAUCGAGCGGGAAUGGCCGGUUGAAAACCCUUCCGGGAAAUGUUUCUGUAGCCGCAGCUGCGUCGAGGAAGAAAUCUCCGUCCUCUGUUACAGGGCUAGCGGAGGAGGAGGAGGAUGAGUCCGUCCUGAGCAGCGCUGAGGUUUCGGAAGCGGAGAAUCAUCCGCCGCCGCUGAGGCGGAAUGCGGGAGGCGCGGCUCGGGCGGCUGGUGGUGGGGAGUCAGAGGAGGAAGGGGACGAAGAUGAGGAAGAUGAUGGUGGGGAGGAUACGAAGACGUAUUGUACGUGUCGUAGUGUUAGUCAUGGGGAUAUGGUGGCGUGUGAUAAUGAUGAUUGUCCGUAUGAGUGGUUUCAUUGGAAGUGUGUGGGGUUGACGAGGGAGCCGUUGGGCACUUGGUAUUGUGAGGAGUGUAGGAAGAAUUUGGGGAAGUAGAGUGGAAGGGUGGAGGGUUUGCUUUUACGUAUUUCUUUUGGUAAUGAUUCAGUUACGGCUUAGGUUGUGGGCAAUAUACCCAGUUACAUUGGAGAAUGGCAGACCCGCUUCUGCUUCUGUCACUUGUUAUGGUUUGCAUCUUUGCCUUUCUCGGGCAUGGAGUGUAUCGUAGAUACAUCCAUAGGAUGAAUGAUAAAAACAAUAACAUAAAAUCAAAUCCAGGGAAAGACAGCUUGUACCCUCCUGCUCUAUUAAAACGUCCCCGGUGGUAAAAUUUCCCUCCCAACCCGCUAUCUAAUCUUAUGGCAGCAUAAUGAAUAGAAGAAGCACCGGGAAAAAAC